CCGAUGCACCGCCUCAUGUUCCUCAGUAUUGGCGUAAUACAAACAUGGUUCGUACGAUAGACCUCUCUUCGUAUGUCGUUCGGGAGUCUACCGCAAUCGCUUCGCAAAAUGUCCACACUGAACCAGUAGGAGAAUAUUACUUUCCUAUUCCAGGUGGUUUGGCUAAGAAUUUAGCAUAUAUUGAAGUCAAGGAAAAAAAAACUGACAAGCUUUUUGAGAUUGAAAAAAUUGGAUCUGAUUCUGUAAAGUGGGUAUCUAAUCUUUUCUUACCGCAAACUGUGGACAUGUUCACUAUCUUACAUUCAUGUGUUGACCCCUUACCCAUUCGAAAUCGCUCAAACUGGAAGGCAAAACUUGAUAUAUCGUGGAAAUAUUUACGGGAACAGUGCAUAUUAUACGGAAAAGCAGAAGACCAACGUCAAGUUAGAUAUACGCAGAAAUCUGGUUCCGUGAGUCGUAAUGCCAACAUUAUCACCUAUGGAACAUUCAGCAACCAGGAACCUGGUGCGUUCGACGAUCUCUCAGUACACUAUGAAUUCCAACAGCCAAUUUUGACCGUUAAAGGUUUAAGGCGUGAUUUAGAAAUUAGUCAUUGGGGCGGAAAUUUGGCAGUUGAGGAGCAUUUCAAUUUGACGCAUGAUGGAGCAAAGCUGAAGGGUCAGUUCUCACGAUUAGAGUAUCAACAAACACAAUAUAUUCAUCACGAAACUACUAUGGCUCGUGAUUUCUCAAUAAAUUUACCAGUUCACGCGUCGGAUGUAUAUUAUAGAGACGAGAUUGGCAAUGUAUCAACUUCACGAUUGAGAAACGAACGAGACACAACAGUUUUAGAAUUUAGACCGAGAUACCCACUUUUUGGCGGUUGGAACUACACAUGGUAUUAUGGAUAUAAUGUUCCUCUUGGAGAUUUUUUAAGGUACCAUAAGAGUGGACGAUAUAUUUUGAAUAUACCCUUCGUUAACCCGUUACAUAACGCGGCUUUUGAUCAUGUACAAGUUAGAAUCAUUCUACCCGAAGGAGCAAGCAAUGUUAAAGUGGAAACUCCAUUUCCAAUAAAUAGAGAAACUCAUAGAGUGCAUAGAACGUAUUUUGACAGUAAAGGGCGUUAUCUUGUUGUUUUAGAUAAAUUUAACGCAGUCGAUGAACAUUCAAAAAAUUUUCAGGUUUCUUAUGAAUACAAUUCUCUAGAAUUGCUAAGGAAACCAUUGGUAGCCACCACCUUUAUUUUAUGUGGAUUUUUAUUAAAUAUGGUAUUCUCAAGAAUGGAAUUUACUAUUGGAAAAAGUAGUAAUAAAGACUGA